AUGGGCUCACUGGGAACCAUGGCGAUCGAGCAAGACCAUGAUCAACUACGGGCCCAUGGCCUCUACCCGGAAUCUCGCAUUCUCAUCAUCAUGACAGGAGGGACGAUCUGCAUGCGCCGUUCCACGGCCGGCUUCGUCCCAGCCCGAGGGUUCCUGGAAGCUGCCCUGCGACCCUCUCCAACGUUCAAUGACGGUUCGGCGCCUGGCCCGGUCGACGUGGCCAUCAACGCGGCAGGGGACCGGAAGAGCUAUCCCACACUGCGUACGCCGCUGAGUGCGUAUGAGGCGCGGGUGCGGUACGCUGUGUAUGAGUUUGAGGAGCUGCUUGAUAGCAGCUCGAUUGACGCAAAGGGAUGGGCACAGAUUGCACGGACGAUCUAUUGGAACUACACGCUGUUCGACGGAUUUGUUGUUUUGCAUGGAACGGACAGUCUAGCAUAUACAUCCUCGGCGCUGAGCUUCAUGUUCAGCAACUUGGGCAAGCCGGUCAUCCUAACGGGCUCCCAGGCACCCAUGCUGGAACUUCAGAACGACGCCACAGAUAACCUGCUCGGCUCAUUGGUUAUCGCUGGUCACUUCAUGAUUCCGGAGGUGUGCUUGUAUUUCAAUUAUAAUCUAUUUCGGGGGAAUAGAGCUACCAAAGUCGCCGCGAGCGAUUUCGCGGCGUUUGCGUCGCCGAACUGUUCUCCUCUGGCUAUCACCUCGUCGAUGCGCACACACGUGAAGUGGGAUCUGGUGCAUAAGCCUACGACUAUCAAGCAUUUCAGCAUUCAAACGAAUCUGGAUACCACUCACGUGGCCUGUCUGCGGAUAUUCCCUGGUAUCAAGCCGGAGAUGGUCGAUGCCGUGCUUCGAUUGCCCGGGUUGCGGGGGCUAGUUCUCGAAACCUUUGGCGCUGGGAAUGCACCUGGAGGUCAGGACAAUGCCAUGACAAAGGUGCUUGCUGAUGCUAUUAACCGGGGAAUUGUUAUUGUCAACGUGACGCAGUGUUUAUCCGGGAGCGUGAGCCCGGUAUAUGCGCCAGGCAUGACUUUAUCACGGGCCGGUGUGGUCGCAGGGUUGGAUAUGACCACAGAAGCAGCGCUCACGAAGCUGGCGUUUUUACUGGGGGUACCCGAUGCAACACCGCAGUCCGUGGCUCGAGACAUGGCAAUUUCCGUGGUGGGUGAGCUUACGGAACACUCACAUCCCGUAUUCAGGCAUCCCGAUGGCGCGUUGCCCGACCGGAUUAAGAACCUGGCUGCACUCGGCUACGCAAUCGCCCACGGAAACUUGGAAAAAGUAAAAGACAUCAUGCGAGUCGAGCAGGAUUGGAUACUCAACGACGCGGAUUAUUCCGGAAACACCCCGUUGCACCUGGCGGCGACUUCACCCAAUCUCGGUAUCCUGCGAUACUUUCUCCUCCACGGCGGCUCUGUCCAUCUCCGCAACCACGCAGGGCGUACGCCACUAUUCCUGGCCGCCAACGCUGGGCUCGUCGACCACGUUUCCUUGCUGCGGCAGUCGGGCGCACACCUGAACGAGGACGAGCGGGGGGUAGCGGAAAUGCAUGCGCGUCGACGACCAGAGGCGUGGGCGCUCGCGGGAGUGAGCACACAGGCGGCGGCGAAUCAGUUAAAUAAACCGUCCGAUUCGGAGCAGGAGAGACGGGCGAAUGGGAAAUCGUGA